AUGGCAACAAGCAAUAAUGAAGAAGACGUCUUUACCACAAAUAACAAACAAAUUUCACCUCAAAGCCCUACUGGUAGCACCACAUUACGGUCUAUCGUUGAGCGUUUAGAGCCUUCCAUUGCUGGUCAACAUGCAGGUAUGCAAGAAGCAUCUCUUCUACCUGAACUUGUUGAAGUACGUAAAACACCUUUUGGUAAUGUGAGAGUGGUCAGUAAUCCAAAAGAAGGCAAUGAAGGGCAGAGAGGUGAAGUUGAAGCGCUUGGAAUAACAAUCACGAAUCCACACCCGGCGUUCUUUGAACAAGCAAGAAUCGCUUGUUUGAGUGGUGCAAGCCGGUUCCCAAUCAAACAACGUACAAAGUAUGGUAGAGCAGAAUUAUGGCAAGAUGGAAAGAUUAUUUAUCGUCAUUCGCGGUCGGAAUGUACUCUGUCAAUAAAGUCGAAUGGAUCAAAUGUGGCACUUUUCAACAGCUUCGAUGCACCACUCAUCGAUCCUAUCUUAUUCAAAAAGCUUUACACUCUUGCAUCUUCUUGGUUUACUCGAUUUCGUCAGAAUUUGACGAUUGCUCAAUUCCUCAUACCGUCAAAUGAUGUCUUUGCAGCUUUAGUUUGCCAAGUACGAGCCAAUGGACCCGAGCCUGAUUUUGAAAUACACUUUGUCUGUCAUCAAAAGUUACUCGGUUUAGGGGAAGAUAUCUACGUCCGAGUCAGUCGUCAACGAAAACGCCUUGUGUAUAAUACAAAAGUCGGGCAACAGCUCAACAAGCAAGGUGAACCUUGGGCAUGGAGAUAUGGCAACAUCCCAUUGCAUAAAAAGAGCAACCCUUCCAAGUUGGGCAUGUAUAAAUGGAGCUUGGAUCUGUCUGGCUCACAAAGAACGCCGGAGAUGCUUUCUAAUCACGAAUUCUUUGCGAUUCAACAAGCAUUGAAAAUGAUAGAAAAAGUAGAUAGUAUAUUUAGGAUAAGCUUUGAUAUAUAA